AACACUAUUAAACAGCUGUGAAAAAUAACAUCAUCCUUUUCCAGCUGACUUCUGAUUGUGUAAAACAUUUUAUUCGUGCAUUUAGUGAAAAAAUUGGAAAAAUUAUAUUUAUUUCAAUUUUAUUAAAUAAAAAAAUAAGAAAAUAUGUUAACAGCAUUAAAACAACUAUCUAAAACCCAAGCAGCAAAGAGAUAUUUACACACUACUGCCAAACAAAAUGGUUACAUAGUAUUAGUACCGGAAAUUGGAGAGGAUGGUCAGGCUGGAGACGUUGUUGUGAAGCCGGAUGGUUUGCCAGCCUUCAAUGAAAUCACUAUAGAGAACUGUUUGGGUGCAAUAGGAAGUCAGGCGGGUGCUGUUGAAAAACUGGUGAAGAGAAUCGAAAGCGAUGUACAUGAAAUGAAAGAAAAUGAAAAAUUGGAUUUGGGUCAGGUUUUUAGAGAACUGGAUGAAGCUACGGGACCUUUGGAUACUACAUGGGGUAUAGCCAAGGCUUUGUAUUUGGGCAACAGCAACCUUAUACCUACAAAAUCAUAUAUGAAUAUUCACGAGAGAGCCAGAAAUGCUAGAGCUUCACGUUUCUGCAAUAAAAUUGUUUAUGAAGCCUUGCUGGAACAAAAUGCUGAUGAGCUAACAGAUGGCGAAGAAAAGAGACUUUUACAGAAGUACUUAUUGGAAGGCAAUCUAAACGGUUUAUCUUUAAGCAACGAAAGUCGAAACGGUCUUAAAGAAGUGCUUAUGCAAUUGGGAAAGGAAAGAGCUAAUUUCAAAAAUAAAGUCAAUGUUUCUGUACAUAGUUUUGCCCAUGUUGUACAUGACUACCAAUUGGUACGUGAUUUCCCUGCUACUCUUUUGGAAGCAACGGCUAUCGACCAACACAGACCUACGACACAAGGACCUUGGAAAUUUACACUACAACCACAAAUUGUCGAAGGUUUCCUAAAGUAUUGUCCAGAUCGCACUCAUCGUUGGAAUAUUUGGCAAGCAAAUGUACGCAAAUGCUCAAAUCAUAUGGACAAAAGUUUAGAGAACAGUACACAUUUGGAAAAGAUACGCAGUUUACGUAAACGCCAAGCUAAUGCUUUGGGUUAUCCCAAUUUUGCAACCAUGUCAAUGCAAACGAAAAUGGUUAAAGAUGUUUCGGAACUAAAACAAACAUUUGCUAAGCUCUUGCAAUUCGCUGGACCCGCUCAGUCAGUGGAAAUCGAAAGUUUGCAACAAUUCGCCGCCAGUAGCGGCUUCGAGCAUAAACUGGAUUUGUACGAUGUCACAUAUUGGCAAAGAAAAUAUUUGUUGGCCGAACACAAACUUGAUGAAGAAGCUUUAAGAGUAUAUUUCCCAUUGCCUAGGGUAUUCUCAGGACUAUUUUCAUUGUCGGAAAAAUUGUUCAACAUUAAAAUCGUCGAGAGAAAAGAUGCACAAGUAUGGCAGCCGGCGGUUAAAUAUUUUGAUGUUUUCGAUUGUGAUUCCGAUGGCGGCAGCCAUCCUGUCGGUGGAUUUUAUGUUGAUUGUUAUUCGAAGGAAAAUAAAUUUGGAAAAAAUAAUGGCUGGAUGGUUAGUAUACGUAAUCGCAAUGAGGCCGCAAAAUCGUCACCAUUGUGCGCGUUAAUUUUUAAUUUCAAUGCACCCAUCAAUGACAAACCAUACCUUUUAAAUGUAGAUGAUUUGAAAAUGGUAUUCAAGACUUUUGGUUCUGCCAUGCAACAUCUAUUGACAAAAGCACGAUUCACCGAUUUAGCAGGUCUUUCUAAUAUAGAAUGGGAUGCUUCGCAAGUAUCAGGCUAUGUAAUGUCAAACUUUUUGGACAAUCCCACUAUUUUGAAAUCAAUAUCAGGCCAUGUUGAUAGUGAUGAUCCUUUACCCGAUGAUUUGGCUAAAAAUGUACGUCUACUGAAGACACAUCUGGGUGGCUACAAUCUAUGUCAAGAACUAUAUCUUUCUGAUUUGGAUAUUGAACUACAUCAAUCCGAUAACUUUUGGUUAGAGAUUGUACGUAAACUUUGGCCAGUGUAUCGUUGCAUGCCAUUGGAGAAGAAGGAUUCGCAUCCUUGUUCAUUAACGGAAAUCUUUUCGGGCGAUUGGGGUGCAGCACACUUUUCACAUCUCUAUUCAAAAAUUAUUGCCGCUGAUAUUUCUGCCGCUUUUCAACAAAAUCCACAAGAUUAUUCCGAAACUGGAAAACGUUUCAAAGACACUUUCCUGUCAUCAGGUGGCACUAUACCUACUGCUGAAGUUUUCCGUCGUUUCCGUGGUCGUGAUCCCUCAGUAGAAGCACUACUGCGUUCAUUGGAUAUAUACCGUGAGACACAAACAUCCGGUGAAUUGUAAUGAUUUUUAAGUUAAUAUUUAUAAAAUACAACCUUAAUAGGUUAUAUAAAAAAAUUUUGUUGUAGUGAAGGUAUAUUUUUAAAUUUAACAAGAUAUGAAAAUAAAAUCUGUACUGAUGAAAUGAAGUGUUAUCAAUUUGAAAUUGUCAUCUUCAAAAUAAAAUUGAAUAAAAAUGUAUGAAUUAUAUUUAGAAAAUA